GAUGACCGGGCUGUUGAAGGAUCGCGCUGUCCAGCCCUGGUCCGGAGUGACCCUGAACUUCAGAGCAGCAGCUUUCACUUGAUCUGCAGUGAGGAAGUGCGCUGUGGCUGCUCCCGGGUUUCCACUGUCGAACGUCAUGACAUGAAUACCUUAAGCCUGCCCCUGAGCAUCCGCCGAGGAGGCUCGGACACCAACCUCAACUUCGAUGUACCAGAUGGCGUCCUGGACUUCCACAAGGUCAGGCUCACCGCAGACAGCCUGAGACAGAAGAUUUUGAAGGUGACAGAGCAGAUAAAAAUAGAGCAGACCUCCCGAGAUGGGAAUGUGGCUGAGUACCUGAAACUCGUCAGCAGUGCGGACAAGCAGCAGGCCGGGCGCAUCAAGCAGGUGUUUGAGAAGAAGAACCAGAAGUCAGCGCACUCCAUCCUCCAGCUGCAGAAGAAGCUCGAGCAGUAUCGCCGGAAGCUCCGGGAGAUCGAGCAGAACGGAGCCGCCCGCAGUGCCAAGGAGCUCUCCAAAGACAACCUGAAGGAUGCCCAGCACUCUCUGAAAGAUGCCCACGCGAAGUCGAGAACCGCCCCCCACGGCAUGGAGAGCAGCAAGUCGGGCAUGCCCGGGGUCUCCCUCACCCCACCCGUGUUCGUUUUCAACAAGUCCAGAGAGUUUGCCAACUUGAUCCGGAAUAAGUUUGGCAGUGCCGACAACAUCGCUCACUUGAAGAACUCUCUAGAGGAGUUCAGACCGGAGGCGAGCACCAGGCCCUACGGGGGCAGCGCCACCACUGUGAACAAACCCAAGUACGGCAGCGAUGACGAGUGUUCCAGCGGCACGUCGGGCUCGGGCGACAGCAACGGGAACCAGUCCUUCGGGGCUGGCGGGACCGGUCCGCUGGACAGCCAGGGGAAGCUGGCCGUGAUUCUGGAGGAGCUGCGAGAGAUCAAGGACACCCAGGUCCAGCUGGCGGAGGACAUCGAGGCGCUGAAGGUGCAGUUCAAGAGAGAAUACGGGUUCAUUUCCCAGACCCUGCAGGAGGAGAGAUACAGGUACGAGCGCCUGGAAGACCAGCUGCACGACCUCACUGACCUGCACCAGCACGAGACAGCCAACCUGAAGCAGGAGCUGGCCAGCGCCGAGGAGAAGGUGGCCUACCAGGCCUACGAGCGGUCUCGGGACAUCCAGGAGGCCCUGGAGUCCUGCCAGACGCGCAUCUCCAAGCUGGAGCUCCACCAGCAGGAGCAGCAGACGCUGCAGACGGACACCGUGAACGCCAAGGUGCUGCUGGGCAAGUGCAUCAACGUGGUCCUGGCCUUCAUGACCGUCAUCCUGGUGUGCGUGUCCACCAUCGCCAAGUUCGUCUCGCCCAUGAUGAAGAGCCGCUUCCACAUCCUCGGCACCUUCUUCGCCGUGACUCUCCUCGCCAUAUUCUGUAAAAACUGGGACCAUAUCCUGUGUGCCAUCGAAAGGAUAAUCAUACCAAGAUGAAGCCACUGCUUCCUGCCUUCACGUUCCCUUGGGUUUUGAUUUUACAAGAAAACUCUGCGCAUACCACCAAAUUCCUCACCGAGCCCGUGGUGCAGACAGGAGGGUGUGAGGACGGGGGCUGCGUGGUGUAAAUAGCUGCCGUUCUCUUAACUCAGUAGCAGUUGCCAGCGCAGUGCCAUACUUGGCUAACGUGAAGUUGUUUCAGAGCCGUCCCCACACUGCUCGCUGCCUUAAUCAGACCUGACGCCCAGGGAGCCCGGCGCGGUAAACCCUCACCUGUGGAGGCCCAGAAGGAAAAGGGCCUCCCCAGCCCCUUCAGUCCCUGAAGUCCCGAUCGCACUUGCGCUUCACAGUUGCCAAUGUCUGCGUUUUCCCUGAAUCCUUCCAAUAGCAAGCGUGCGAUUUGAUUCAGGGGUGGGGCGGCCCGGGCCUGGACUGUCGCCUGUGGCAGUGUGUAAAUCUCCGCGGAGUCGAUCCCACUGGUCACGGGUGCCGUAGGUCUCGUCGUGUACCCGGUGUUCGCAGUGGUCAGCUGUGUGUGGCCGCGGGGCUCGGACAGCUUCUGGUGCGCCUGUCCUCCGCCGGCUCUGCGUUACAGCUUUGGUUGCACUGGAAGUGUAGACACUAGGACUUAGGGGCGGGGCCUCCUCCUUACGCCCGGGGAGCCACACCCUCGACUUCACCCUUCCGGUUCGCACAUGCCUCGCCCCCUGUACAGACCUCCCGCAGGGUCGCCUUGUUAAUUCGGGGUCCUGUGAGCACUAACUGCCCCCAGCUUUGGGUCGCGGCCAACCUCGACUGUGAUGAAACCCCCUUUGCAGACGCGACUCCCUCAUGUCUUUCACUGUGAGGAGCGGAGAUGGAAGCCGUGCUGCUCGCGGGGGACAGCGGGGUCGUGGUUUAUAAUAAACUGAGGCGGGGGUGCCGGAGGAGAGGCGUCUGGCUGCCUGGGUGGAUGAGAUUAGAGGCACGGCUCACCGGGCGGAGCUAGAGGCUCCGCUGAGGGAUGUGGAAGGCCAGCAAGCGCGGAAUGAAUUAGGCCCGGGGUUGGUGCCGGGAGUGCCGUCUGUCUCUGUCUCUCUGGAUUGCGCGGGACAAGUCCCCAGGCCUCGGGCUGAGUGCGCUGCCACGGGAAGGGGGGUCAAGCUUUUGUGUGUGCGGCGCAUUUGGGGGGUCGCCCCCCACAGCUCUGUGUCACUUUCCCUGGAGUCGGGUCCUCUGUGCGUGUCACAGAAAGGAGGACUUUGCGGAAGCUGCUGAUCGCCCUCCUCCCACCGCCUCCACUUGCCAAAGGUGUAAAGCACGCGCUCCUGUGCAUUUUCCUCCAGGAGACGCCGCGGCUCCUGGCUUGAAAUUAAGUGCAAUAUUUUGCAAACAGCUUUCUUAGGGAAAUCCCCUGGGGAAAUGAAAUGUGACAGUGUGCCGUGCUGUGAGAGAAUGGAAGAGUUGGGCACUUAGUACAAGCCCAGCAUGUAUGAGUGAGAUUCAUACAACUCAAGCAUUUUUCAGUGUACAGUUCAGUAGUUACAGUCAGUUCACAAACCAUACAAACAUCACCCCUAAUUCCAGACUUCAGCUUUUUAAAAUAAUAAGCAGCAUUUCAUGAAAAUCGUGGUUAGAAAGUAUUUUGGAACCAAGGACAAGGGAGCUGCUGCCCCUAACCCCCCCACAUGGCCGUGUCCUCUGCCCCUUGAGUCUCCCAUGGCCCCCAGAGUUCACUGGACACACUGUGACCCCGAAGGCUCAGGGGCGGGUCAGGGGUCCAGGUCUGAGGGAGGGAGAAAGUGGUGCUGCUCUCGUUUCCGAUGUUAAAGGCCAGCGUGCCCUUCCUGUGGGCAUUCAGCUCCAUCACUUACGUGCCCGAGCCAAGCUGGGGUCUGCUGGGCCCUCCGAGGGCCAGUUUGGACUGCCUGUGCCUGGGGUGGGUGUUGAGGUCUGGCGAGGGUGGGUGGGCGUUCUAGCCCUUGAGGGUAAGUGCUGCAGAAGUCACAGGCCUCCACACAGGGCCUGGGAGCCUGGCAACCCUGCUUUGAUUGACACCUGUCAGAUCUGAGAUCAGUCAGUCUGUCUGCUCCCCAUGAGAUCAGUCUGUCUUCUCCCCAUGAGAGUAUCAGGGAGGAAGGGGGAAGCAGCACCCGCCACCCACUCUACUUGCAGAACCUGCUACAAAGCGGCUUCCUUCCAAAAUCCCAGGGUCCGAACCCUAAGCCAGUCCUCCUGACCAUGACUUCCUCUUACCUGUUGACUCUUUACGUGCAGAUAACCUUGUUUUCACUUGGAUAUGGUCAACCUAAAUGGAAUAUUUAUUUUAGAGUCUUGUGGAAAGUUCAUAUGAAGCUUUUAACUUUUUAGUAAGAUGAUACACUUCAUGGGGACUUUCAUUCUGCGGGUUACUGUUCUCCUCUUAGGGAUUGUACCUCCUACUGCUUGUUCUUGUCAAUGCUGAAGGUGGAAUGAAAUUUUAUAUUAUUAACAUACAGUUAAAACUAGUGAUACAGUUGUGCCAUAUCCUGGAAUUGGAUAUUUAAUUUACCUCUUAAGUCAAGUCAUCUUUCUUUUUUUCCCCCAACUUUGGUUGGUUAAAAAAAAAAAUUGCACACAGCUAAAGAUGAAAGCCGGUUGGACGGACGCACACCUGGUCAGCCGGCCAACGUUACUGAAUGAUUUAAGAUGCACUGGAUUUUCUGGUGACAGUAUUACGGUUGCCAGGAUAAUGAUACUGUGAGGAUUAGAAAGCUUAAAACACUCCUCUAUGGGUUUUGUUCAGCUCAUAUUUUAAAUAUUAUUACACCGGAACAGACUCCCCCCUCCAAGAAAGAAUUUUAAAAAAUCAGACCCACAACAAAACAGCAGCGCACUGCACUCCACACUGGUUUGCGGGGCGCACAGACCCCUUCCCAGCCUUCCAGCCUGUGGGGUCAGUGUUUCUGCCUCUGAUUCCUGUGACCUGAAGAUAAGCAGCAGGCUCCCAAACCUUUUCGCCUUCCGGUUUAGCCAGAGCUGUGCUACCCUCAGUCCAUCCGCAUUCCUGCGUUCAAGCCCUCCCUGUCGCUUGUGUCCCUUUAGAUGUUGCCCUCCUCUGUGUAUUUAUUGCCCUGCCACUUCUCUCGCAUAUCAGGCUUAAUUAUAGGUUCGAUAAUGGGGAGGGAACAGUUUCCCUCGGGCAACUAAUUACUUUUGUCCUUUUUGGUUGGGUUUUAAACACCAAAUUAUUCUGCACUGAAUGGAAGCACUUUUGUAUUAAAUCCAGAUACAGUGGAAUUGGUUGGGGAAACUGCUGAAAUACACUUACUGAUACAGACUUGUGUGAUUACACGACCUGUUUUGCAUGUUUCUUUAAUUCUGAGGCGUUACUUAGAAUUUAAGGUUUAUCCGGAAGAGUACUGUUUCAAGAAGGUUACACGUGACUUUGCUCUGCUUAGGGUAUAAGGGUAUAAAAAGAUAAACCACUGAAAAGGACGAGAUUGGCUUAUUUACCUCAAAAGCGGAUACAAAGCUAACAAAAAACCAUAGUUAACAGGAGCUUGGGAACCUAUAAGAUAAAAAGCAGAACUAACCUACCAUCUCCCAAAGUUGGUAUAAUUCUCUGACUAUAAGGAGCCGGAAGCUGUGUACCUUGCUUGUUUCAGGAAUGAUUUCUGCUCCGCAGUUUUAAUUAAUUUAAAGCAUGUCUGCUGUGUUUGUCCUAAGAGAAGUUUCCCCCAAAAAUGUGCUGUGCGUUGGAGACGCGUUUAGGCGAUAGCAGCUCUGAACGCAGGAACUGGAGUGUGAAUUGUGAUGUCCGCUGCAGAGUUUCUCUUCUGUGAGAUACUACAUAGCUUCAUGUCAGCCCAAACUGUGCUUCCUCCAUAGCGCUUUCCCCUCUGGUGGUGUUGUCAAUGAAUAUAAAGCAGGUGCCGUUAUUUUUUUAAAUAAAAUAAACACUUGAUAUUA